GAUCACGAGUGAUCCAGAACCUGCAGAAUGAAACACACUGAAGAUCCUGAAGAACAAAGAGACCUGAUGGAAGAGAGCGAGGAGAGUGAAGAACUGAGUGAAGUGGAGGAGGAACAUCAUGUCCAACCUGGAGAAAAACCUUUGAGACUAAAGACUAAAAAUACAUUUUUAAAGAAAAGAAGAGCCAAGAAAUCUUUCACCUGCACUCAGUGUGGAACGAGUCUCACAAGCAAACAAAGUCUUGAGAUUCACAUCAGAAUUCACACCGGAGAGAAGCCGUUCUCAUGUGAUCAGUGCGGCAAGAGAUUCAGUCAAUCAGCAAACCUUGAUGUUCACAUGAGGAUCCACACCGGAGAGAAGCCGUUCACAUGUGAUCAAUGUGGCAAAACAUUUCUUAGUGCAUCAAACCUGAAGACACACCUGAGAGUUCAUACGAAGGAGAAGCCACAUUCAUGUUCUGUGUGUGGAAAGAGUUUUUCAAUGCGGCAUCAUUUACAUAGACAUGAGAAAACUCACACUGGUGUGAGAGAGUACAUGUGCUUUGAGUGUGAGAAGACUUUCAUUUUAGCAAACGAUUUAAAACUACACCAGAGAAUUCACACUGGAGAAAAACAUUACAAGUGUUCACACUGCGACAAGAGAUUCAGUCGCUCAUCAUCUCUGAAAACACAUGAGAGGAUCCACACUGGAGAAAAACCUUAUAAGUGUUCACACUGUGACAAGAGAUUCAGUCUGUCAGCAGAUCUGAAAACACAUGAGAUGAUCCACACUGGAGAGAAGCCGCAUGUAUGCCAUCAGUGUGGAAACAAUUUCACAAGCAAGCUAAGUCUUGAGAUUCACAUGAGGAUCCACACCGGAGAGAAGCCGUUCUCAUGUGAUCAGUGCGGCAAAACAUUUCUUAGUGCAUCAGUCCUGAAGACACACCUGAGAGUUCAUACGAAGGAGAAGCCACAUUCAUGUUCUGUGUGUGGAAAGAGUUUUUCACAGCGGCACCAUUUACAUAGACAUGAGAAAACUCACACUGGUGUGAGAGAGUACAUGUGCUUUGAGUGUGAGAAGACUUUUACUACAGCGGGCAAUUUAAAACUGCACCAGAGAAUUCACACUGGAGAAAAACCUUACAAGUGUUCACACUGCGACAAGAGAUUCAGUCGAUCAACACAUCUGAAAUCACAUGAGAUGAUCCACACUGGAGAAAAACCUUACAAGUGUUCACACUGUGACAAGAGAUUCAGUCACUCAUCAUCUCUGAAAUCACAUGAGAGGAUCCACACUGGAGAGAAACCUUACAAGUGUUCACACUGUGACAAGAGAUUCAGUCACUUAUUAUCUCUGAGAUCACAUGAGAUGAUCCACACUGGAGAGAAGCCGCACACGUGUGAUCAGUGUGGGAAGAGUUUCUCUAUUAAAUGUGACCUGAAGAUACACAUGAGGAUCCACACUGGAGAGAAGCCGCAUGUAUGCCAUCAGUGUGGAAACAAUUUCACAUACAAAUGUUCUCUUGAUGUUCACAUGAUGAUCCACACUGGAGAGAAGCCGUUCACAUGUGAUCAAUGUGGCAAAACAUUUCUUAGUGCAUCACACCUGAAGACACACCUGAGAGUUCAUACGAAGGAGAAGCCGCAUUCAUGUUCUGUGUGUGGAAAGAGUUUUUCACUGCUGUCAUAUUUACACGUACAUGAGAAAACUCACACUGGUGUGAGAGAGUACAUGUGCUUUGAGUGUGAGAAGACUUUUACUACAGCAACCCGUUUAAAACUGCACCAGAGAAUUCACACUGGAGAAAAACCUUACAAGUGUUCACACUGCGACAAGAGAUUCAGUGUGUCAUCAUCUCUGAAAACACAUGAGAGGAUCCACACUGGAGAAAAACCUCACAAGUGUUCACACUGUGACAAGAGAUUCAGUCGAUCAGCAAAUCUGAAAAGACAUGAGAGGAUCCACAGCAGAGAGAAGCUGCUCACGUGUGAUCAGUGUGGGAAGAGUUUCCCUAUUAUAAGUCGCCUGAAGCGACACAUGAGGAUCCACACAGUGGAGAAACCACGUAAACACAGUCUGAGAUCACGGUAAGUAGUUUAUUUUCAUGUGCUGAGCAACAAAGUCUCUUCUGUGUAAGUUAGCCACACAUCACCUUAUAGCCAAAUCUCUCCUCUCCACCUAUAGCCGGUGUGUGGUGAGCACAGGACACUUUGUUGAUCGAUUGA